GCAUCCAAGACAAACUGCCUGUCAGUAUACCGUGUUAACACAAGCGCGGAGGUUUUAUUCCAUGCUCAACCACUUAGCAGCAAAAGAGCUGUAGAAUCUUAUGGAGGCCACUUGAUUUCUCAAGACUUCUCAAAGUGGAACGAUGUCACCUAACUGAAUCGGAAUCUUUGAUUCCACUCAUAUGGACAACACUGGCACAUAAGCUGAGGGAAACGUCAGGUAUUUCCUUGGGUCAAAGAAAAGGAUUCUCAACCAUGCCAGAAAUAGAAACUAUUAGGAGAGACUCUGAAUUAUUUUCACCGCCCUCUGAUGUUCGAGGAAUGACGAAACUUGAUAGAACAGCUUUUAAAAAGACAGUCACCAUUCCAGUGCUUAAAGUGAGGAAAGAAAUAGUGAAUCGAUUGAUGCGAUCCCUUAAAAGGACGGCACUGCAACGUCCGGGCAUAAAGCGUGUGAUUGAAGACCCAGAAGAUGCAGAAAGUAGACUCAUUAUGUUGGAUCCCUACAAAAUGUUUACUCAUGAUUCCUUUGAGAAAGCAGAACUCAGUAUUUUAAAGCAACUUAAUGUGAGUCCACAGCUAUCUAAAUAUAAUUUGGAACUAACUUAUGAAAAUUUUAAAUCAGAAGAAAUCUUGAGAGCUGUUCUUCCUGAAGGUCAAGAUGUGACCUCAGGGUUUAGUAGAGUUGGACAUAUUGCACACUUGAAUCUUCGAGACCAUCAGCUGCCCUUCAAGCAUUUAAUUGGCCAAGUUAUGAUUGACAAAAAUCCAGGAAUCACCUCAGCAGUAAAUAAAAUCAGUAAUAUUGAUAAUACAUACCGCAAUUUCCAAAUGGAAGUGCUAGCUGGAGAAGAGAACAUGACGACCAAGGUUCGAGAAAACAACUACAUUUAUGAAUUUGAUUUUUCAAAAGUCUAUUGGAAUCCUCGCCUCUCUACAGAACACAGCCGUAUCACAGAACUUCUCAAACCUGGGGAUGUCUUAUUUGAUGUUUUUGCUGGGGUUGGGCCCUUUGUCAUUCCAGCAGCAAAGAAAAACUGCACUGUGUUUGCCAAUGAUCUCAAUCCUGAAUCACAUAAGUGGCUGUUGCACAAUUGUAAAUUAAAUAAAGUGGACCAAAAGGUAAAAGUCUUUAACUUGGAUGGGAAAGAUUUCCUCCAAGGACCAGUCAGAGAAGAGUUAAUGCAGCUGGGACUGUCAAAAGAAAGAAAACACUCUAUCCACAUUGUCAUGAACUUGCCAGCAAAGGCUAUAGAGUUUCUCAGUGCUUUCCAAUCACUUUUAGAUGGGCAGCAAUGCAGCAGUGAGCUCCUCCCCAUAGUACACUGUUACAGCUUUUCCAAAGACGUUAAUCCUGCUGAGGAUGUCUGUCAACGAGCUGGAGCUGUGUUAGGCAUCUCCUUGGAAGAAUGCAGUUCGGUUCACCUAGUGAGAAAUGUGGCCCCUAACAAGGAAAUGCUGUGUAUCACCUUUCACAUUCCUGCUGCUACACUCUACAAGAACCAGACCAUAAAUCUAGACAAUCAGGAAGAACCACCUUUGAAACGGCAAAGGAUAGAUAAUGCCUUUUCAGAAGAAAAACCACAAAUUGCAUCAAACACCUAACUGGAAAUGUUUUCUCCAUCUGCCCACUAGACUUUUAUGUAAGGAAAUAUAAUUUGUGUGACUCCAUAAAAUUUUAGCGUUCAGUCACUUCACUAUUGAAUCCUUAUGUUUUGCCAUGCCAUCUUACCAAUUGGGUAUUACCAAAUUAAAAGUGAACUGUAAUAAGUCUGCCGUGUAGGUGUAUAUAUAUAUAUUACUUGUUUUCUCUUUUUUGAUGACAGGAUCUCCUUAAGUAACCCAUGCUGGUCUCAAACUCAUCCUCCUGCUUAUCCUCCCAAGUACUUCAACUAUAAGAGUAUGCCAUUGCUUACCAUGUUUUUGAGCCUAAAUUAUAAUCUAUAAUUAUGUUUUUAUCUAAUGUUUAUUAGCUACAUGUACUUAUACAUUAUCUGUCUCUUGGGAAAAAAGUUUUUGAAGGUAAGGAAAUUGUGUGCUGUCUAGCCAGGAACACACUAGUACAGACUUUCCUAGUUAGCCUUAGCUGAAGCAUGUAGUUAUUUUACAUAGUUGCUCCUCUACUACCAAUUUUCAUUAUUAAAGUAAUUUAAAAAUGAGAGUAUUUAGAUCAGGUAUAGGCAAACUCAUCCUGUAGGGCAAAUCUGGCUCCCCCACCUGUUUGUAUGGCCCAUGACUUGAGAAUGUUCUUACAUUUUCAAAUAUGAAAACUGUAUGCGCUUUAGCAAGAUGGGUGCGAGCUGUCUGCGGCAGGCUGCUGCCGCACCUCAGUGAAACACAUUUUCGGUCAGGUCAUGAACAAGGUGAAAUGGCGGGUGCCGAAUAUUGUGCACUCAUUCCAGCUAGACAUCACUGUGAAACAGGGACAGGAUAAAGUCCGAGAAGUGUUUAUGAAGAAUGCUCAUGUCACAGACCCCAGGGUGGUUGAUCUUCUGGUCAUUAAGGGAAAGAUGGAGCUGGAGGAAACAAUGUGUGGAAGCAGUGGACAACACCUCAUGUGGUUCUUUCAUGAAACAGAAUCACCAAGGCCAAAGGAUUUCCUGUCCAAAUUCUGUUUUGGCCAUGACCCAUGAAGUCACUCAAUGGAAAGGCUCAUGUUGAUAUUUAAUU